AUGAGUACAACGACAGCUAAAAGGCCCCUGGAUUUGGGCAGUGCGAGCGCAGACAGCUCGGAGAGUGCGGGCUCCAACGAGCACGAGUCGCAUGAGUAUCUGGAGCAGGAGAACGAGAGCGAGGAGCCCAGGAGAAAGGGGGGCAACCCGGGGAGAAAGCUGCUGGACGAUGAGGCCAAGAACAAGAGAACGGCGCAGAAUAGAGCAGCUCAGAGGGCGUUCCGGGAACGCAAAGAGAGGAAAAUGAAGGAGCUGGAAGACAAAGUACACAGCCUCGAACAGGUGAACCAGCAGAGUGCAGUUGAAACGGAGUUUCUGAGGUCGCAGCUCAUGACUUUGAUGGGGGAGUUGAAGAGGUACCGGCCCGUCAGCACAAACGACUCGCAGGUGCUUGCGUAUCUGUCGAAGAACGAUGGUUCGAGGCUUCAGGGGCUCAAGGACGAGGAUGGGAACGUGAACAAGAAAAUGGACUUCACGUUCGCCUUCCCGUGGAAGGACAAAAGUGACAGGAGCGAAUCGCGGUCACGCGACCAGGUGCCAUCCCCGGGCUCGUCCUCUUCGAACUCAGCGUCGCAGACGCUGUCCAAGAGGAAGAUGAGCGAAACGACGCCGGACACUUUGACCAACAGCAUUGGCGCAAACAACAAUAACAGUAACUAUAGCCACAUCAACAAUAGUGUCAACAACAACAAUACACCAAGCUCUACGACCACCACAUCUGGUUGGAUGGACAACGUUUUUUAUUCGGAUGAUGCACAGAGAUUACCCUCUUUUCCUAAUAAUGCCGGCACAGCAACUCCGGGAACAACGCUGUCUGUGACUGAUCCUCUUGGGCAGGAUAGUGUCCUGUUUUCGAAUCAUUUCAAUUUUGAGGAUGAGUUUGACGAGCAAGUUUCAAAAUUCUGUUCAAAAAUGAAUGAAGCUUGCGGGACGAAAGAGUGUCCAAUACCCAAACAAGCUCCAAAAGCGAGUCCUAUGGUGCUAUCUAAUACGUGGGACGCAAACAUUAGCCCAGGUGAUGAUGUUAGCGGUGCUGGUUCUGGGGUUGGUAUUAGCCACGAGAACGAGAGCAGUAAUGAUGACAACGUUAAAAAUAAUGAUUCCAAAAGCACGGACAAUAGAUACAAGCUUCCGCAAGAUUCCUUUGACCUCGGAUCUGAAGGCAACGUUUCAAAGUAUAACGCACCAGCAAAUGCAUCAAGUGCCCCAAGUGCUCCAAGCGCUCUGAGUGCUCCAAGUGCACCAAGUCUAUCAACAUCGAUAUCGUCAUCAUCUAUAUCCAAUGAAAGGCCUCUAAACAUUUUGAAUAACGACUCCAUCAAUAACUUCAUAAUAGGGAAUGACAAUGAGUCGGUAGAACGACGGACUUCCAACAACGAACAACGACAGCAACAUCAACAAGAACAACAGCACAAGCAAAAGAAUGGCAUUUUCCCAUUUUUAGAUACUUCACUUGCAUUUCCAAAUGAAAGCGAGCAAAAUCUAAUAUUCAGAGAUAAUCAAGAUAGUAGUCUUCUAGCCGAAUUAUUGGAAGAAACGGCUGAAAAUAACGAUUUUGAAACGAAUUUAAUCAAUGAGGAACCUAUAGAAUUUCCGUUCAAGCAAAAUGCAAAUGAUGUUGAUAAUGUAGUUCCAGCAAGGGAUGGGAAGUUAUUAAAAUGUUCUGAAGUUUGGGAUCGCAUCACUUCUCACCCAAAAUAUGCGUCAAUUGAUAUCGAUGUUUUAUGUGUCGAGUUAAUGGCAAAGGCGAAAUGUUCUGAAAGAGGUGUAGUGGUGCAGGCAGAACAUGUUCAAAAGGCUUUGGAUAAACAAGCAGCUGUGGAUAAAGAUUUCUUUUGA